AGAUUAUUGAUGUACAGUGCUUUUAACUGGUUGGACAUGUUGCUCGUGCUAUUGUUUUAUAUCUGUGCGUGUUCUGCCGAUCAGGAAUAUGACUAUAGUUCGGCUGUGGAUACCCUGGUGGAACUGAUACCGUUAGAGCGCUACUAUUACGGCAAUUUGAGUGCGUUUGCUGACAAAAUGGAGGCAAAAUUGAACACAAUACGGCGGGCACUCUCCAAGAUGCAACCUGUGCUGAAGGCGGCCGAGGACACGCAGGAGCUCUUUGUGGGCAAUCCGCUGCGCGCGUACUCCCUUCUGAGACACGUACACCACGACUGGCCGAAUUGGUUGGAUUUUAUGGAGGAAUCUGUUGGCGCCGAGGAGAUUAAGCACUUCCGCUCGCUGGAACUGCUGCUGCCCAACCAGACAGACAUGGCCGAUGCGGCUCUUGGCCUGGAACAUAUCCAGGACAUAUAUGGGCAGACUGAGCGGGAUUUGGCCUCUGGGCUGCUCCAUGGACAGCAGCAUAACGUCCAACUGGCAGCCAUGGAUUGCUGGAGCCUGGGCAGACACUACUACCACCUAAGCCGCUAUGUGGAGGCGAGUGUUUGGCUGGGCUUGGCCGCGGAGCGGUACAAUGUCAGCGAGGAGGAUUUAUAUGCCGUCCAGGGCUUCCAUCGCGUAGAAUUGUGGCAGCUGCAGGCGGCAUCUCUGAUGCGACAGAAUCGCAACGAGGACGCAUUGGCUGUCAUUAUCGGAGCCCUGGAAAAGCUUCCUUGGGACAUGCGUCUGCAGAGCCUGCGUUCGAGGCUGCAGAGCCGCUGGCUGGUGAGGCCUCGUCUGGAGUACGGUGAGGAACCUCUGCCACCAGCCAACUACAUGCAGCGUGGAUGUCGCGGGCAGUAUCCAUUGAAAACAAGUCUCCACUGCCGCUUCGGUUGGAUACCAUCCUACGCCCGCCUCAAGAUGGAGGAGCUACAGCUGGAUCCCUACAUUGUGCUCUACCAUGACGUGGUGUCCGCCAACGAGAUCGCGUUUCUGAAGAUCUACGCUAGGAUGAAUCUCACGCAGGAUCCGCAAAAGAUUUUGGCCAAACGCUGCGCCAUUCCCGAAUCCAUUCCGCAGCUGGAGAGCCUCAACAGGCGGAUGGAGCACAUGACUGGAUUAAGUCUAAACAGAUCCGAGAGCUGGAUAAUCACAAACUACGGGAUUGGGGGCUUCUUUGGGCUCCACAAGGACUACUUCGAUGAGAUCGAAGAGGAAUUGAGGGGCGACAAUCGCUUGUACACCAUCCAGAUAUUUCUGAGCAACGUGUCCCAAGGCGGCCACACAGUGUUCCCCCAACUGGAGGUGUCCGUGAAGCCACAGGCGGGCUCGUCUUUGGUUUUCUACAAUCUGCUGGAUUCUUUGGAGGGGGAUCCGCGUACCAGUCACUUUGCCUGUCCCGUCCUGGAUGGCGACAAGUGGAUAGCCACCAAGUGGCUCUCUGCCAAGGAGCAGAUAUUCCAGAAGAGCAGGAAAUGAAAGUUUAUUCUCUGUAUUUUGGACGCAUAAACGAUGCUUCAUCAGAGCCAAAGAAAAUUCAA